AUGAGCGGACUUACCGCUUCACUAAACACCGAACUCUUGCAGCUUUCAAAUGAAGCUCGUAGGAAACACCCAGAAAUCAAGGAGGCAGCAGAGAGAUCCCUUAUAAUUUUAAGAAGACUACUCAAAGAGCUACCCGAGACGGAUAAUAUAUCACAAGAACUUGCAAAAAACAAUGAUUUUCUGCGUCCGUUUAUCCUCGCAUGUGAGACUAAACACGUCAAAUUAAUCACAACCUCUAUAGGUUGCUUACAAAGACUGAUAUCGCACCAUGCGAUUCCAGAUCCUUCCGUGAAAACCAUUCUUAAAACCUUAAACGACAUUAUGUCACAAGGUGUGGAAAUUCAACUUAAAAUUCUUCAAACCGUACCGCCGUUAUUAAGUAAUUACCAGGCUUUACAUGGGGAUUUGUUGGCAGAGGCGUUGUUGAUUUGUUUCCGGCUUCAUGAUUCAAAGAUUGUAGUGGUAAAUAAUACAGCUGCCGCAACUUUACGUCAGUUAGUAAUUAAUAUAUUUGAAAAGGUUCAAGAGGAGGAUGACAUCAAUAAUAAAGAUGGUUCAAUAAAACCUACAUCUACUGCAGUAUCAAUUCAUGGGGAAGGCGUAAUUGCGCUUCGUCCUUGUGCAAGGGACGCAUAUUAUCUUUUUCAAGAUAUGUGUUUAUUAACUAAUGGUGAAAAUCCCGUGUAUCUUAGGUUACAUGUUUUAUCAAGAACAUUCGGAUUAGAAUUAAUUGAAUCAGUAUUAACAAAUCAUUCUAGAUUAUUUAAACCGCAUCCAGAGUUUUGUUCUUUGUUGCGAGAACGAGUGUGUCCAUUAAUUAUUAAAAAUUUCUCAGAUAAAUUUGACUUCCCUACUACCAUGAGAUUAAUGAGAUUGGUUUACAUUAUAUUGAAACAGUUCAAUGAAAUUCUGGUGAUGGAAUGCGAAAUUUUCUUGAAUAUGUUUAUCAAAAUUCUCGAGCCCGAUAAUCCAUUGUGGCAACGUGUUAUAUCCAUGGAAAUAUUUCGUGGUAUAUGCGUUGAUCAAGCACUUUUACGUUCUAUUUAUCGUUCGUAUGAUAAACAAGGUCAUUCAACGAAUGUAUUUCGUGAAAUGAUUAACGCCUUUGGAAAGUUAGCAGCCGAAAAACCACAAUUAUUGGGUGUCGGAAGCCAUUCGUUAGCUGGACAUUUACAUCAAGGGAGAGAAAGCCUAGAAAUGGCUGGUGUGAUGGGAGGUGCUGGACAAGUUGACAUACCUGGAUUAACCAUCUCAACUUCAAUAAUGAAGGUUCAAUGCUUCGAUCAAUUAGAUAAAGUUGAUCCACCACCAAUUCCAGAUACAUACCUAUAUUAUCUUGCUCUCUUUUGUCUUAAUUCAGUAGCUGAUGGCUUACACAGUUUUGUUUUGAAUAUUUUGUCGGAAGUCAUUCAUAAACAAAAGGUUGAAAAUCUCAACUCUCCUCCUCAAUCCCCUACACAUGUACAAUCCGCAAUUCUCGGUACCACCACGUUGCAGCAAUUGGAAUCGCACCCACAUUAUAAAGACAUUCUGCUUGUUACCGAUAUGGCCAAUACUGCCUGGCCAGGAUUGCUUGCUGCGCAAUCCUUUUUCCUCACAGCUAACCUUGAUGAGGAAUUGUUCCAAGGAGUUUUACGAGCUUAUCAGAACUUUACGAUUGUAUGUGGCGUACUUCAAUUGACCACUCCCCGUGAUGCUUUUUUGACAAGCUUAUGUAAAGGAGCUGUUCCGCCCAGCGUAAUUGCUGCAUCUUUGGCAGAAAGUAAAGCAGCUCAUAGUGGUAGUUCAAGUACUACAGGAGGCGAAGGCAUGCAAGUUGUUACAUUGUCAGAUGGGAAUUUAUCUUGUUUGAAAAUAUUAUUGAAUAUAGCACAAUACCUUGGAGGAGUUUUGGGUGAUUCUUGGUAUCUGAUUUUGGAAACUCUUCAAUUAGCGGAUUUCAUACUUUUUCUUAAACAUGCUAGAGGUUCGAGAAAUCCACGUAGAAUAGGUUCGCAACAUGCUGCAUCUAAUUCUGUAACUUCAUUGCCUACCUCACAAACUGCCGGAAGUUCAUCAUCAAUUCAACAAAUAUCUUCCAAUCCACCAAGCUUAAAAAGAACUUAUUCAUCUAAUACAACAAAUCAUCAAGCGAAUUUACCCGGGUCUACAUCACCUCAACAAUCAGCGAUUGAUAAUGAUUUAAACAUUUUGUUAAUACAGAUUAGAAAAUUGUUUGAUAAUUGUAAAUAUCUUGACGAUAAUGCUUUACAGGCUUUUACUAUAGCAUUGUGCAAGUUAAACGCUUAUACCAUUGGUAUUCCAUUGGACAGUGAAAAUUUAGUAGCGGCGCAUGAUCAUUUAUCGAUGGAGGGUAAGGUAACCAAAUCAACGCCGCUAAAUGCUAUGAGAGUAAAUAGACCAGAUGAAAAGUCCUUUGCUAUCAACAAACUUCAAUUAGUUGCAUUAAUUAACAUGCCUAGGUUGAUAGCACGUGAGCCUUCUCUAUUAUGGGAUCUGAUAAUAUCUCAUCUUAUUAAAACUGCGAAUUACGUAUCUACUCCACAACCAAUUCGCAUGCAGGCUUGUGAGACAAUAGCAGACAUUGUUACUCAAGCAAUGGGCUAUGCAAGCUCUGAUCAUAUGGAAAUUGAUGAACGGGUACAAAUGCAAUUGCUCACUUCUUUGAGUCAAUUAGUAAAUAAUUCCGAAAAAAGUACUCAAGAAAUAGGUAAAGGAUUUCAUGUUGAAGUCCGAAAAAUGGGACUUGAGACGUUAAAUAAAUUAUUACAAACAUCGGGCCAUUCAUUUACAUAUGGUUGGAGCAUGAUAUUUGAUAUGAUAAGAAGCGUAUGUGUUAUAUCGUUUCCUAAUGAAUCUGGUGAAGAUGAAGUGGAUGUAUCGAGUGUUGAUAGUUCAAACGUUAUUGACACGCCAUCUUUUGGCGUUUCAAACACAAAAACUUCUGGUUUAGUCCGUGUAGCAUUUCCUUGUUUGCAGCUUAUCUGUUCGGACUUCUUGUCCUUAUUAUCGCCCGAGUGUUUGAAACAAUGUAUCAAUACGUUGGGCGCAUUUGGUUUACAAAUGGAUGAUCUGAAUAUUAGUUUGACUGCGAUUGGUUUAUUAUGGAACGUCUCAGAUUUUAUACAAACAGAAUUAGAAAAGAAUUUUAAAACUUUUGUUGAAGAAGGGCCAGAAAAUAUUAAAGAAGAUAUUACUGUGGAACAAGAAAUCGAUCAAAUUAUUCAAAGUGAUUUGAAACCUCAAGCAAUGAACGCUCUAUGGAUGCUGUUAUUAUUACAACUUUCAAAGAUUUGCUCAGAUACUAGGCCUGAAGUGAGAAAUGGAGCAAAUCAAACUUUAUUCCGUACAAUUGAUAUGAAUGGCGCUGUAUUGAAAACCCAAACUUGGCACACUUGCAUUUGGAAGGUUCUAUUUCCUUUAUUAGAUUCUGUGAAAUUUGCUUCAGAAAGGGCAGUUAAAGCAAUGCAACAACAGCAACUCAAUUCAAGUGCCGAAAAACUUUCUUCCCCACAGAAAGAAAUCAAUGUCUUUAUGAUACAUCACUCUAGAAAUACUAUUGAUAAACAGUGGGAUGAAACAAAAGUUUUAGUGUUAACUGGAAUUUCGGACAUAUUCAAAAAUUUUGUUCAUUUGCUGAUUAAACUGGAAAAUUUUGAGCAAGCGUGGGGAUUAUUGUUGUCGCAUUUGCAAGAUUCUUGUUUAAACUCGAGUCAUGAAGUUGCCAUCGCUGCGAUCAAAUCUUUAAAUGCAAUAAUUCAAUUUCCUAAUGAUGACGUUCAUACAGAAGAGCUGAAAGAAAAGGUUUUACCAUUAUGGCAAACUGCUUGGAUUAUCUGGGAAAGAAUUGGACUGGGUAUGAUUACAAUGUCUGAUUCAAUUCUUCGUGAUCAUUUAGAGAGUCCCUCUCCAGCUGAAAUAACAAGUAUCGGACAAACACAAUUUACUCAAGACACUUUAACUGCUUACGUUGUAACUUUUGGUGAUCUUUAUCAUAUUAUCCACUCCAAAUUUCAAAUAGAUGAAAUAAAAAGAUUACUCAAAGUAAUUAAAGGAAUAUUGACAUAUUCCCAUAGUCCUUCUUAUAGGCCAGACUAUGACUAUCUUACUCCAUUACAAGAAGCCGUAUUAGAUAUCGUUUCUAGAAUUGACUUAUGUGUUUCUGGUGCCCCUGCUGUAGUUUUGUGUGAAUUUGCAGAUUAUAUAAAUUUAGCUUUUACAAAAAAACAACGAGACGAAGAGGCCAUUAAGAAGCAAAAAUAUAAGGAUAAUUACAUUGGCUUGAUUCACCAGCAAAAAUCUAUUAGCGGCACAACUUCAACAAAAGGAGAAAAUAGUGGCGUUGUCAUGUCUAAUAAUAAAUCAUAUUCGACAGUUACUUAUAUUGUCUUUUCUAAAACCUCCAUGCGUAAAGUAGAGGAAAUGUUUAAAAAAUUUGUAAAUGAUCAAGGAGUGUAUUCUGAAGGGGUUUUCGCAAGGAUCAUAAAGUUGAAAUAUGAUUGCCCUCCAUCAGGAAAACACGUAGAAGAUAUCGAACUUUGGAAAAUUGCAACAACAGCUUUCCUAGAGAUUGUAAAAGACGGGUUGAUUGCACUUGAGAACUUUGGUGAUGCGAUAUCAGAUGGAUGUAUCGUCGACAUAUGGAAACAAUUGACGAAAGUUCUUCAUGGUGCACUUAUUUCUAACAGUAAACCUCCAACAUCUAUUAAGAUCGAUCAACAAGAUAUUGAUGAAGCUUUUGAUAUGAAAUUUUUAUUCCGAUUACAGUCAGACGUAAUGAUUCAUAUGGGUCGCCCUCGUGUGCCACAAAGCCUUAUAAGGGACUUGAUAAAAACUAUUCAAGAAGGAUCACAACUGUACUUAUCUGAUGUGGAAAGACAGGGAGCUAUGAAUGGUUAUUUAAAUAAACCUUUACCCGUACCCGUAUCAAAUGGUACAUCAUUUCAUCAAAAAAAAUCUAAACCUCGUGAGAAAUUAUCUGAAAAGGUGGAAGGUGUAACUGCAAAGAUCGUACCUGUAGCUAAGGAACGAUUUGCAUAUGCUUGUUUACAGUGUUUGUUUGAUCUAUGUUCUGAAGAUCAAACUGGUGACGAAGAAAUAAAGCAGAGAAUAGCAGAAGUUGCCGCUCCUAUUUUAUUGGAGCGAUGUGCUUCUGUAAUUCGCAAUUAUACAGCAGAUCAACCUUUACUCGGGAAAGUACCGUUUCCAAGCCUUUCUUCCAGGGUACGAAAUGAUGAAAUCUUAUUAAUUCUGCAGCAAUUAGUAAAGUUGAAAUUUCGCCAGAACAUAUUACACGUCAGCGAAGAAGAAACAAAAUCUAACCCAUUGAAAAAACAAAUUUUAUCUGGAUCUAUUGCUCACUUAUUUUAUUUAUAUCCUGUUGUGUGUGAGGCAAUUAACUUACCAGAUGAGACUAUUGGGGUUUUAUUAAAGGAAUGUUUAAGAAAAGUUGGCGAAGAAUUGGGAGUUUGCUAA